GCUGAGAAAGUGGUGGUGCAACCGGAGUCGCCUCUAGGAGAACAUGGCGGGGGAGUGAGGAGAACCGCCAGCAGCUCCCGGUGUUGUUACCCUGCCGCAACCCGCCCACUUCCGCCUCCGCGCCAACCGCCGUGCGCUAACAGCGCCAACCGCCUCUCCCCGCCAAUCGCGGUGGAGAGGCAGCCUCUUUGCCCUGGCUCCAGCCAAUCGGAAGGGACACAAACACUCGGGGCCACGCCUCCCUUGGGCCGCCCAAUCCGGGCGGGCACGCCCCCGGCCUGCAAGUCACGGGCUCGCAGUGCGCGGCGGGCGGGUGGUGGUCCACUGGCCAAUCGCGAUCAGCAGGAGAGACGUAAACAGGCGUCGGCGCGCCCCCGGUGGGCGGUGGCGGCGGGUGGGCACGCGUCCCUCGCCAUGGCGGAGCCCGGUCCGUCCGCUGCGCCACCGGAGGGGCGGGACGAGCGGAGUCUGGAGGCGCUCAGCCUGGCUAGCGGCGGAGGGGCGGCGGUGGCAGCGGGGCGGCAGCUGCCGGAGGGGCGGCGGGCGACGCUGGCGAGCGCCCUGGAACUGGAGGGGACGGUGCUGCGCGAGGGCCGCCUCACCCAGUUCGUAGCCAACAACCUGGAGCGGCGGAUCCGGCUGAGCGGCGCCCCGCGGGGCGAGCCUCCGGCGGGGGGCGGCGGAUCCUCCAUCCCCGCCAUCGACCCGGGGGCGCUGCAGGACGUGGUGGCCCUGGCCGGGCAGGUGGCGGUGCAGGUGGACGAGCUACUGCGGAACGUGCACUGCGGGCUGCAGGCGCUGACGGCGCUCAGCGUCGGCUGCAUCCAGACCUACCGCGACGGUGUGGAGAGCCUGGGCGAGGCGGCCGACCUCAGCAUCCGCGCCAUGUACGCACUGGUGGCGCGCUGCGAGGAGCUGGACCGCGCCAUGCAGCCCGUGCCCGCCCUGGCCAAGCGCAUCCGUGACAUGAAGGGCACGCUGGAGCGGCUGGAGGGGCUCUGCAAGUAGCUGCUCCUGCCGCCGCCCCUCCAGUGCCGGCAGCGGGGGCCUGGGGCUGCUGCUCUCUCGCUUCGGCGGCCCUGCCGCUCACGGCGUCUGCAGCUCCCACCUGCACACCUUCACUCGCUCUCCCCCGUGCGUGACUUGCCGGCAUCAGUGGCCGGCUAGCCUGUGUUGAUCUGGACGAAGGGCAAUUUUUACGACCGACGAAGGGAAAGGUCCCGGUUGAAAACCGCGGGGUAAAUGGCAGAUGGUGCUUUUUAGCUUCAGCUCCAUUAAAGAAUUUGGAUUCUA